AAAGUGACUAUAAACCCUAGUACAUUUCAUUGACAUGAACUGUUAUCACUGAGAGUAUUUCGAUUUGAGUCAGCAUUUAUAACCUGUGAAUGAUCGAAAAUCACGAGUUUAUUGUUCUGCGUCAUCCGGUCUGCUGGCCGAGCAAAGCGAGAAAUUUCCCUUUGUGCUGCAUAUCGUCGUCCCCGUUGCCUUGAUAGCAGCGUUUUUCAUUUCGAUUAGAUCAGCCUACGGCUAUACCGUACCACCCGCAGCAAACUUCGUUUGUACGUACGGGUACGGGUCACUACUGAACUAGGUGAUCCAAAGACAGAGAAGAGCGUACCGGUGAUAAAUAUAAACGCGACCGUUCAGCCGCUUAUCACAGUCAGACAGUAUACUGGUAUAAGUUUGAUUGCACUACUUGAAAUCCAGCCAUGAAGAAAAAGGUUUUAUUAAUGGGAAAGUCUGGCUCAGGAAAAACCAGCAUGAGAUCAAUCAUAUUUGCAAAUUAUAUAGCGAGAGACACAAGAAGACUUGGAGCUACAAUUGAUGUUGAACAUUCACAUGUCAGAUUUCUUGGGAACCUUGUUUUAAAUUUGUGGGAUUGUGGAGGACAAGAAGCAUUCAUGGAAAACUACUUCGCCAGUCAGCGGGACAAUAUUUUUCGCAACGUUGAAGUUCUCAUUUAUGUUUUUGAUGUGGAAAGUAGAGAAAUUGAACGUGAUAUGCAUUACUAUCAGACCUGCCUUGAAGCUAUAUUACAAAACUCUCCUAAUGCAAAAAUAUUUUGUCUAAUUCAUAAAAUGGAUUUAGUACUAGAAGACCAACGAGAUAUGGUAUUUCAGGACAAGCAAAACGACCUUAUAAAUUUAUCCAAACCUUUGGAAUGUACUUGCUUUAAAACUUCAAUUUGGGAUGAAACGCUUUACAAGGCAUGGUCAAGCAUCAUGUACCAACUGAUUCCCAAUGUUCAAGAACUUGAAUCAAACCUCAAAAAAUUUGCAGAGAUCAUAAACGCUGAUGAAGUGCUAUUGUUCGAAAAAGCUACAUUCUUAGUAAUAUCUUAUCACCAGAGAAAAGAACACAGCGAUAUACACAGGUUUGAAAAAAUCAGCAAUAUCAUCAAACAGUUCAAACUAAGCUGCAGCAAAGUAGCAGCAUCUUUGAGAUGUAUGGAAGUAAAGAACAAGGACUAUGCAGCAUUCAUUGAAAUGUUUACAACAAACACCUAUGUUAUGGUGGUGACCUCAGAUACAUCAAUUCCUCCUGAGUUGACUCUGAUCAACAUCAGAAACGCUCGAAAGCAUUUCGAAAAAUUGGAAAAAAUAGACCGGGAGAGAGAUCGUGGACGACUUGAUCAGGGACGACAGUCAAUGUACAAGUGAAAACGAACAUCUUCGGAUAGUUUGGUGUGCAAUAAAGUCCACAUUCGAUUUCUUUUCCUCACUACUCAUCAUCACUUAACGUAUUUAUCCAUGAACUUUUUAUGAAACUCUGAUCUCAAUGUAUCAUUUAUAAAUCG